AGGCGUCCGAGAGACACGAGAAAGCGAAAUUCUCUCUCUUUUGGUUUUGGUUUUAAGCUGGGGAGUCCACUGAGCUGACGAGGAGUGGAUAAGAAAAUUGUUUUUUCUCGAUCUAACAAUCCAUCCAUGUCCACCUAACAGUCUUCAUGGUUUUGAGGUGGAAGUGUGGAACUCCUCCGUUCUUACAUCAUCUUUGUCCCAUUACUAGUUCGACUCUUAACUGUUAAGUUGCCAUCAAUCGAUUGUGCGGUAAAAAAUGUCAAAUGGAAGAAACGUAUAGAGUUUUCCAUAACCUAUUAUAGUACCAAUCCUCUCUCGGAUAUUCUAUAGUUUAUCUCCUAAGGUUGAAUCUAUUGCUUAAAGGGUUUGGUCAUCCGAUUCAUACUCAGUACUCUGUAGAAGAGGAAGAGGAUGUCGUGCUUGGCUUCUUGCUGUGCAGCGUCUACUUGCGGUCUCUGCAGUUCAGUGGCAUCUGAAAUCUCAAGAAGGUCGGCGAGACUCGCUUAUUGUGGUAUAUUUGGUGCUUCUCUCAUUUUCUCAUGGAUCGUUAGGGAAGUUGCACCUCCUAUCUUGGAGAAGAUACCAUGGAUAAACACCUCUUCUCACACGAAGGAAUGGUUUCAAACAAAUGCUGUCCUUCGAGUCAGCUUGGGAAAUUUCUUAUUUUUUGCAAUAUUUGCCCUUAUAAUGAUUGGGGUGAAGGACCAAAAUGAUAGACGAGAUUCAUGGCACCACGGUGGAUGGAUAGCUAAAAUUGUGGUGUGGGCCUUGCUCAUCAUCCUCAUGUUUUUCCUUCCGAAUGUCAUCAUCACAAUUUAUGCAACGCUAUCAAAAUUUGGUUCGGGGCUGUUUUUGCUGGUUCAAGUAGUUAUGCUGCUAGACUUCACACAGUCAUGGAAUGAUGCAUGGGUAGAGAAAGAUGAACAGAAGUGGUACAUAGCUUUACUUGCAGUAUCGGUUGUGUGCUACCUUGCAGCAUUUACCUUCUCAGGAAUUCUAUUCAUUUGGUUCAACCCCUCUGGCCAUGACUGCAGCCUCAAUGUUUUCUUCAUUGUCAUGACUAUGAUCCUUGCAUUUGCAUUUGCAAUUAUUGCAUUGCAUCCACAGGUGAAUGGCAGCCUCUUGCCUGCUUCUGUAAUUUCGUUAUAUUGUGGAUAUGUGUGCUACACUGGCCUCUCAAGUGAGCCUCAAGAUUAUGCAUGUAAUGGCCUCCAUAAGAACUCUAAAGCAGUGUCUGUGAGUACCCUCAUUCUUGGGAUGCUUACAACAGUACUCUCAGUUGUGUACUCUGCUGUUCGCGCUGGAUCAUCUACGACCUUUCUGUCCCCACCAUCCUCACCCAAAUCAGGUGCAAAGGAACCACUUCUCGAAUCAAAAAAGUUGGAGGAAGGGAAAGAAAAGAAGGAUAAGGACACUGAAGCCCGACCAGUUAGUUACUCUUAUACAUUCUUCCAUCUGAUUUUUGCUCUUGCUAGCAUGUAUUCGGGUAUGCUUCUUACAGGGUGGACCAGCUCGUCAGAAAGCUCAGAACUUAUAGAUGUUGGUUGGACAUCUGUAUGGAUUCGGAUUUGCACCGAGUGGGUCACUGCAGCACUGUAUGUGUGGAACCUUGUUGCCCCUCUGAUCUUUCCUGACAGAGAAUUCUAGGAUAUGUAUGUGAAUUAUGAUCCAUGUAGUAUACUAGAUAUCUUGUUUCACUUAGGCUGUAAAUUGUUGCAACUAUUUGGGCUAGGAUAUUUUUUAUGUAAUUGCUGUCAUACUAUAAUUUCUGUGAAGUUCUACUCUAUAGAAACAUAAACACUAGCAAUAUCUAACAUGAGGCAGAUGUUAAAGCUUCCCUGUACAGAAUAAGAAACUUGGUAUAAUAGUGACAAAAGGAGUUGAUUGGGAUAA